GCAUUGACACGUUUCGAGUUUCUAAAUCUAUUCUUUCGUCUUGCCAAGCAGAUUCAGAUAUAGCAAAAGCAAAAUUCAAGAGAUGAAGGAAGAUAAAUGAGAAAGAGCAGUUGAGAAUAGCUAGGCUUAUCGCAUGUUUGCUUCACGCAAACAGCUAAAUGGGUGUUUGCUCUCUCGCGUGGCUUUAAAGACUUCAUCUAGCGUUUUAAAUCCCCAUUAGAAAAAACAAAACACCAUCUAUUUCACCCACCAACCCAUCUCUAAGAACACCCUUCUUAUUCUUUCUCUUCUCUUCUCUUCUUCUUUGUUUUUUCUUUUAAGUGCCCUCAAACCCUAAUCUUGUGAUGUUACUUAUUUAGAAAGAAAGAAGACAAAAAAGUCAAGAAUAAUUACUCUAAUCAUGAGUUCAAACCCUUGCAGCAGUGGCAGUGUUGGUGGUGGCGUUGCCGGUGGCUGUGGCGGUGGCAGUAGCAGCAGUAGUGGUGGAGGAGGUGGCGGUGGUAGUGGACCAUGUGGCGCGUGCAAGUUUUUGAGGAGGAAAUGUGUGCCGGGGUGUAUAUUUGCACCUUAUUUCGAUUCAGAACAAGGUGCAGCUCAUUUUGCUGCAGUGCACAAGGUUUUUGGGGCAAGUAAUGUGUCAAAGCUUCUUCUGCAUAUCCCCGUUCACAAAAGACUUGAUGCGGUGGUUACCAUAUGUUUUGAGGCUCAAGCUCGUCUGAGAGAUCCUGUUUAUGGCUGUGUUGCUCACAUCUUUGCACUUCAGCAACAGGUGGUAAACUUGCAAGCCGAACUCUCAUACUUACAAGCCCAUUUAACAACUCUCGAGCUUCCAUCACCACCGCCACCUCCUCCACCUCCGCCACAACCUCUAAUGACAUCGCCUCCUCUCUCAAUAUCCGACCUCCCAUCAGCCUCCUCCAUGCCUGCCACAUAUGAUUUAUCCUCCCUGUUUGAACCAAUGGUGCAAGUGCAACCUUCAUGGGCCAUGCAGCAGCAGCGCCAAAUGGAUCCACGUCAGUUUGGAGGCCCUUGUUCUUCGACAACCAGCGUUGGGGGUGGCGGUGAUCUACAAGCAUUGGCACGAGAACUCUUCCAUAGACCAGGGUCUUCACCACCCAGAUCCGUCCCGUGCACUGAUGUGUCAUCUUCGCCAUCUUUCUCCAAAUGAUCACCGAGGCUACAAGUACUAUUUGCACCAGAAUUUAUGUAUGUUGAACAAUUUCCAGCAUUUGCAAGAAAGUUAUAAUUUCAUGUUAUUUCAGUCAUCAUGAGCAAGAAAUCUUAAUAACCGAUCUUUAUAUUUUUGGUAUUAUAUAUUUUUGUUCCCUACUCA